GAAGAUAGGGCGGGCGUCUGUCGCGCUCCGAACGACAGCGCUCAACGAAAUCGCGCAAAAUGAAAUUAAUUCUUCUGGCGACGCUGUCGUUCGUAUCAUACGGAUGGGCCGCGACGACAGCGGCGCCGCCAUGUGAGCGAGCGCCGGCACAUGCACCGCCCGCCGACGAACACUACAGCAUCAGCGUGUCUGGCGAACCUGAUCUUUUUCUACCUGGAGAACUUUACACAGUGUCGCUCCAGGGUGUGGACAGUGGACAGGGUCCCACGCCUUUCAUAGGUUUCACAAUAUGGGUCGAGGUAAAACCUGACCAAUCAAAGACGGAGAAGGGUUCCACUCCACAGAAUGUGACAGAAGCUUCUAACCUGACGCUGGGUACGUUCCAAGCGUAUGAUGCACAGGCGAAGAUACAUGAAGUUUGUCCUCUAGCCGUCGAUAAUGCUACUGCGCAUCCCAAAACUGAAGUUCAGGUGAUAUGGAACGCACCAACGGGCGUGAACAACGCGGGGGCUAGUAUGUGCGUGCGGGUGUGCGCUCGCGCCGGGCCGCACCCGGGCGGCGCGGGCGGCUGGUCCGUGCUGGCGCGGGAACUGUGCGCGGCGCCCGUUGCGCCACAUUACUCUGCCAAGCUACCGCCCAUUUUGGAGCCCUGCUGUGCUUGUGACGAGGCUAAGUAUGAGGUAACUUUUGAAUGUCUCUGGUCUCGUAACACGCAUCCUCGUGAGUUCCCGCCAGAGAACGCUCACGCUCACUUCGGCGAUGUGAUCGGGGCUUCGCACACAGCCCAGUUCCGAGUGUGGCAGGAAGGACGAGUGGCUAGUCCUGGCGUCAGGAGACUGGCUGAUGAUGGUACCACUGUCGCCUUGGAGAAGGAGCUAAAAGCUGAGAGCGAUCACAUAAGAACAAUAAUCAAAGCACGCGGUAUAUCAUGGCAACAAGUGGGCGGGGCUGGUAUACCGAACACGUUUGCCGUAUUCCGAGUAGACGCGAAGCAUCAUUUGAUGUCCCUUGCCGCUAAACUUGCGCCUUCUCCCGACUGGAUAGUUGGCGUGUCGGCUUUGGAGUUGUGCAACGCAAAUUGCACGUGGAGCAAGUCGGCUACUAUACCCCUGUAUCCUUAUGAUGCGGGAACUGAUAAUGGAAUUAGUUAUACGUCUCAUCGAAACCCCACGAUCCCAGCGGCACCAGUUAGGGCUUUACGACCUGACUGGCCGCGUGACGCGCGUUCACCCUUCUACAGCACGACCGGUGAGAUGAGGCCCUUCGCAAGGCUGAAGCUAACUCGACUGCGGCUCUACGAAAAGAGCUGUGAUGGAACAGAAGGAGAACAAGAACGUUCGCCGGAAGACAAGCAUGGUGUGCAUGGUGCGCACGGAGCACACGGACCGCACGGAGCGCACGGGCCGCACAGCGCAGCACCCCCGGGCGGGGCCUGCGCUGUGCACGCGUGGGGCGCGUGGGGGCCCUGCAGCGUGUCGUGCGGCCCGGGCCGCGCCACGCGACAGCGGCACUACAUGUGGCCCACUCGUGCCCAUGCUGAGGCUUGCAGGGUGCCGCUUACUGACUACCGCCGCUGUCAUGGACCUAGGAUGCACUGCAGAGCCCCAUCAGAAUACGAGCCUGACCCAGCGGAAUCAACAGGCCCCUGUGCUGUGUCCAAUUGGUCGGAGUGGUCUCCGUGCGAGGGGUGCGGGGUUCGAGCCCGGGUGCGGCACUACGUGGCCCCACGGGCUUUCAAACGCUGUCACAUCGGGUACCGAGCACGCACCAUUCUGAGCCAAGCCAUGCCUUGUGAGAUGGGGCCUUGUCAGAAGCCUCCUCCAAAAUCAAAUAUAAGCGCCUUUGAUUGGUUCUUUGUGGACUCGAGUCGCGGCUCAUGCGCGGUGACGGCGUGGGGCAACUGGUCGCCGUGCUCGGCGCGCUGCGGGCGCGGCCGGCGCCUGCGCACGCGCCUCUACGUGCUGCGCGGCGCCGCGCGCCAGCAGGCCAUGACCCGGCGCCUGUUCGCCCAGUGGAGCCAGCGGUUCAUGGAGUUGCAGGCUCUUCCGUAUAUCCAAGAGAACUCAACGGCGGAGGACCCGGAGAUAGAGAACGAAGUCCAGGAGUACAUCGAACGCUGCCAGUUUACCCUGACGCAGCAAGAGGCGCUCUGCGACGGAGACGACAUCAGCUGCUUCAAUAACACCACUCCGCUAGAAGUAUGCAAGUUACCGAUGUCAGUGGGCCACUGCCGCGGCUACGAAGAGCGCUGGUUCUACGAGUGGGCCAAGAGCACGUGCGAGCCUUUCGGCUUCAGCGGUUGUGGAGGCAACGGGAACAAUUUCCGCACAAGAGACCACUGUCUGAGAGCUUGCAUGACCAGGAUCAACACUACGGAGGAAAAUGCCACCACGGUUGCAAACGAAGCGACUGCUGCAAUGAAGAAGUUGAAGCCGACUCCUCCCCAUGAGGAUAACGAGGUGAUCCAGAAUGAUGGCCCACCGCUAUAUGAGGCGGUAAGCUGCGAGACGGGGCCUUGGUUGGGGUGGAGCGAAUGCAUCGGGGAUUGCGACUUCGCUAUCAAACUUAAUUAUAGGCUGGUUGUGCGUCCUGGAAGAGGCUGUCGUCGUCUAAUGAAAAGUCGGUCGUGUCGGCCGGCCCACUGCCGCAAGUCGGCCAACAAUUCGGCGACCGCCGAGCAACUUAAUUACGACGACGAUUAAACAUACUUAACCAGUUUAAUAACGGCUGCAGACUCACGCGAGAAGUCUGGAUUGAAAAAGUAUUGUGCGAGACUCGAAAAGGUGUUAGAACAGGCGAGGCCGAAAAAAAAGACGAAUACAUUCAUGCAUCUCGGGUGUUGUCGGAAAUUUUCGGGAGAUUUCGGAGAAUUUCGUCGUGACUCUGUGGCCCCUACAAUAGUAGACUAUACUUAUUGAAUUCAAUAGUAGCUCAAUAUUUAAUAACUCUUGAAAUAAUCAAUAAUGUAACGUUAGUCAGUUCUAUGAAAUAGUUGUCAAUUCUGAUCAAAUAGAAUCUCCUAUUCACUAGAAUAAAUUCAGUAAAAUAAAGGUCUUGUUGUUGUAAA